AACAUUGGCCUCUUUUUUCAGGUAUAUCUUUACCAUCAUGGAUCGGUUUGGAGAUAUAUCAGAAGGUGAAGUGGACCAUUCUUUCUUUGACAGUGACUUUGAAGAAGCGAAGAAAUGUGAAAGUAACUCAGUUUUUCACAAGCAAAAUGAUGACCCUAAAGAGAGAAUAGAUAAAGAUACAGAAAAUGUAAACUUGAAAUUUGGAAUACAAAGAAAGGAAAAUGAAACAAAAAAGAAAAUUCUUCCAGGAGAACACCCUAUAGAAAAUGAUAAUAUGCAAACCAGAAAUUCCUUAUCAUUGACCACUUCAGGAUCAAAAACAUUGUGGGAUGGUACAACAGGGCAUAAAAUGCACUUGCCCACUCCAAGUAGAAUUCCCAAAAUUGUAAAAGAAGGUGAAGAUGAUUAUUAUACAGAUGGAGAGGAAAGUAGCGAUGAUGGGAAAAAGCAGCAUGUCAGGUCCAAGUCGGUUAAACCACCUAGUACCCUUAAAAAAAACAGAAGUAAAAAGUAUUCCAAAAGUAAUUCCUCUUCCUCUUCCUCCUCUUCUUCUUUAUCCCCCUCAUCUUCAAGUUCAGAUAUAGAUUGUUCAGAUACAGGGUCUGAUAACUGUGUUUCUGAUUCAUCUCUAUCAUUAAAGAAACGUCUGUCUGGUGUAACCCACUUGUCACCAAAACAGAAAUAUAAAUCAGGAGUAAAGUCAACAGGCACACGACCUUCAAGUACUAAACUAAAAGUCAGUGACUACACUGAGGAAUCUGAAGAUACUGUGACAGAUGUCACUCCUCUCUCAACCCCAGACAUCAGCCCUAUUCAGUCUUUUGAACUGGGAGCAUCAAAUGACCAAAAAGUAAAAGUUAAAAGGCAAGAAAAUGUGAGUCCAGACGUACAUGGAAAUGUUGAGGAUUUAAAAAAUAAUUCAAAAUGUUUGAAAUCAACCAAAAAGGGGAAAGAAAAAACUGGGCGUGAUCUCACUCCAAAAUCUUCAGUGUUAGAUUCCAAUUUAGACCACAGAUAUGAACAAAAAGUCUUACAUGACACAAUGGACCUCAAUCAUCUUUUGAAAGCUUUUCUGCAAUUAGAUAAAAAAGGACCACAAAGACACCACUUUGAUCAGCCUUCAGUAGCACCAAGGAAAAACUACUCUUUCACAAGAGAGGAGGUGAGACAGAUUGAUAGGGAAAAUCAGAGGCUUUUGAAAGAACUCUCAAGACAGGCUGAAAAAUCAGGAAGCAGAAGUGCGAUUCCCAGAAGAUCGAUUGUUCAUCCCCCUAAGUUAUAUCACAGUGCCCUCAACAGGCAGAGGGAACAGCAAAGGAUUGAAAGAGAAAAUUUGGCUUUAUUGAAAAGGCUUGAAUCGGUGAAACCAACAGUUGGUAUGAAACGCUCUGAACAGCUGACGGACUAUCAUCGCAAUAUGGGUUAUCUCAGCUCCUCACCGUCCUCCCGACGAGUGAGAUCAACUCUUGGCCAGUAUACCCCAUUAAGAGGAGCUUCUAGAACAUCCAGUGCCACCAGUGGUCUCAGUUGUAAGAGUGAGCGACCAGUUUGUGACACAUCCAGUGGCCUGUUGCUAAGACCUAAGCCCCCUAAUGUUCGUACAGCUUGGCUAUAAAAACUUUUUUACUUUAAACAAUGUCCAUCAGAUCUUCUUGAAGUGCUCUUGUAUAUUACUAUAAUUCUGUGUAUAAGCGUCUGUGAUUUAAGGUUUACAACAAUAAGUUCCAAUUUUAUUGUAAUUCAACGCAAAAUUUUUUCAAAAAGACAAUUUAAUGUAAAAUCAGUGUUUCCUAUGAGGAUGUAUUUCCAUGAGGUAUAUAUGUAUUUGAUAGAGAAAUGGUAGUAUGCAUGUAUGUUGUUCUCAACAUGGAAAUUGAUUCAGCUCUUAUACUGAUGAACAGUGUGAUGUAUCACUGUAUGUGGGACCAAGAUGUUAACUACAUUGUACUUGUUUUAUGUUUUUUCAGUUUUUAUAAGUUUUAAACCAUGAACAUAGCUCCUAAAUAUAACUUUGUUUUCUCUUUGCUCCAGCAUUUAGGUGGUAUAACUCAUAAUUUGAUUGUAAGACUUGAUUGCAUACUUAUUAUGAAACAGAACUUGAAAUUUGUUUAUAUUGGUGGAGCUGAUUUAGAUUUGGUGAGCAGAUUGAGAGAAGCUUGUAUAGGGUGGUCCUUGUGAUUCACCGAAGGCAUCUCCUACCUCUGUGUAAGUAAGUGUGCUGAGUUAGAUCUUAAAAAUGUGGUCAACCAUUCCAAACCAUUUCCAACUGUGAGUAUUAUUAGAAAGUUCAUCUUGGAAACUCCUCUUCCACAUUCAGGUAAAUUAACCACUAAUGAUUCUGAAAAAUGAGGUAAACUUUGAGCUACAGUCCACUCCAUUGUGAAUAGGGUGUCCAAGGACCAGAUCACCACAAGCAAAAGCAGGUAUUUGUCGAACACAGUAGCACCACCAGUUUGAAAAGUCAAGAAGCAGAUGCUGAGUUGUGUCAGAACAGUGUUUUAAGAGGUACUGUUACAAGUUGUGUUACGUUUAAUGUUUACUAUAUUUAGAGAUGAGAUAAAUAAGAAACAUGUAGUCUUAAAGCUUUAGAAAUUCCAACUACUAUUUUUAAGGACUGAGAAAAAAACUUAAAAUAUGAAUGGUAGAGGAGAAAUACCUUACACUUUGUUAGGGCUACUUUAAAUGUCAGCUAAUUUUGUUUGGUUGGGGCUUAUGAGUUGAAUUUUGGCAGAACUGUUUGCCAGUCCCACUUUGCAAAUCCUUAAUCUUAAUGGAGUUACUGAUGGCAGAUAGGGUGUCAUGUAGUUGACUCUUGAAAUCAGAACCUCUCUCUGUCAGUCUGUGGGCUCAUGUCCUACAGCUGGGAACAUCUCCAUCACGCCACUUGUGCUGUUUCAGGCACCAAUGCUUCGUUAUCCCUUUUUCUUUACUGGCCUUUUCAGUAUACCUUUAGAAUAUACUGGGAAGUUUCCAUACUAACUCCCAAAUCUUUCUUUUUUUAGUGUAAAUUCUUGAUCUGUAGCCACAAUAUUUGUUGUUUAUUUUUCCAAGUCAACUCAAGCUUUGUGGCAUGUGGGCUGAAUUUACUUUCCUAAGCACCUUGGGCUUAAGCCAAACGGCAUUUUGCUAAAUAUCUAUUGAGAAUUUUGGGGUCUUAAGUUGGUAUUGAUAGAUUUUUGUCAGAGGAUAGGGCCUGUGAAGUGUGGAAACUGGUGUUAAAAACAUUCUGUGAACACAACCUGACUGAGAUUUUUCUGCUUCUUUCUUUGGGCUGUAAUAUAAUGUUCAUUGUUAUUUGAAGCUCUAUUCUGGUGACUACAUUUUUAUAUCAUUUAGCGCUCUGCUUUAUUUAUUAACUAGUUAUACUAAACCAACGGUGUUUUGUUUUCUUUUGUGGUUAGCUUAUUGCACUUUUAAUGUUUGUAUAACAACUUAUCUUUAAAAGAGAUAAGGGAAUGCUGAAUUUAAAAUUAAAACUCAGCAUUUGGACACCUGCCUGAUAUUGUAAGCCAGUUUUUAGAAAUUGAUUUUUAAAUUGUUGGGAAAAUACAUAUAUAUAUAUGAAACUUUUAAACCUUUUAUGUUCAUAAGACAUUAUUCUCUGAAUAUGUUUUAUAUGACCUUUGCUGUCAUAGGUCAGGAUUACAACAGGUAAUUUUUAUCGAUCAAGCUAUACUUUGAUUUUAGAGGCUAAUUUAAUGCCUUCAGUUUUUACUCCUUUGCUGAUAGCUUGGAUUCAACUUGAGAUAAAAGUUGGGAAGAGCAGCAGUAUUUGUUUUUUCAAAGCAGAAUUCACAGUUCUGUCAUCAUGAUUACUUAUAUACAAUAAGUAAAAAUAGAAGGAUAGGAGUUGAAGAAUAUGCUAUUUUCUGAUAUAAGCCAAGCCACUUUGAAGGUUUAAGGGACACUUUUAUGAAGGAAUCAGAAGUAUUCUAUUUUCAUGUUUAAGAGCUUCUAAAAGGUGAAGGAUCAUCUAGCAUUCAGUAACCACUGCCUAUUUGGUUCACUUGGACCUAAUACAUGUACUUUCAAAAUUUACAUCUGCAACUAGAAACUAUAAUCCAGGAUCUAAAAUUAUUAGGCAAGAUUGUUAUUGAGACUUCUUUUCAUACCAGUCAAAUGUUCAACUACUGUUGCCUCCAUUUUACUGAGAUUUUAUGAGAGAUUUUGAACUAUUAUUUCCAAAGGGAUAACUAUUUUAUCUCACACUUUCCCUACUUUGCUCAAUCUCCAUUAAAAUGGUGCAUUUUCAGCUAUUACUCCAAAUAAAAGUUUUUUGGUUUGCUUAUAAAUGUAGUGUAAUGCAGUUCUCAAACCGUCAACUCAGUGUCCAAAAAUAGGUAUGGGCGCCAUCUUGAUGUUUUGCACUUCUCCGCUUUGGAUUCGGGUACUGGACGCCAGAGAAUUGUGGCCAUUAUAAAGUUGGAGACACAAGUCAAAUUUAUUAUAUUUUAAUAAUUAAAUUCAUAAAAUUAAUUUAAUAUCUUAAAUGCCAAAAUCUUAACCUAUAAAUGAUUGUAUACCAUCCUAGGAAAUGUGCUUAAUGCUAAUGGCUACUUUGUUUCCAUGAAUAAAGAUUAGUAAUAAACUUAAAAAUCAACAUUUUUUUAAAAUUUCCCAAUCUGUUAUGGGUUUUAGGCCUGAAAAGUUAGCUUGACAUAGUGAGGAAAGAAAAGAACAAAAGAUAACUGAGUUUUGAUCCUGUACCCAUCUCUGAAAUGUAUCUUCUUCCCAGCCCCCCCAUAAAUUCAUAGGUGACAAAUGCAUUUUCUUGUUCCCAUUUUAAAAAUUAGAAUAAUAACUUUGAUGUACCUUACAAGUCUAAGAAGUAGAAUAAAGUUGGAAGGAGGGUAUUAGUUAUUUUUAUCUCUGAAAAUACGACAUUUAUGUGGGAAAGGGUUUGCUUAAAAUUACCUUACUGGGCACCAUCUCCUUAAACCGUAUCAUCUCAUUUGUUGUGUAAAAUUGUUAAGAUGCUGCAACAGACACCCUUCUAGCCUCAUGGAAUGUUUAUUUUUUAAGUGCCCACAGUAACAUUUCACGUGCAUUAUGAGUGAUGAGAAAUAACCCUUUUUAAAACUUGCUGCUACAACUUUAAUUUAGGAAUUAUUUUGGUGAGGGUUUAAUAAUAACGAUGCUAUUGGAAUAAACCACUGAGUAGUUCUAGCAAUAGUAAAUGUAAGCUCCCAACUACAAAGUUCAAGGAUGCUUACAGCAAAUAAGAUUACAUUGUAGCAGAAAGUUUUAUUCGAUUUAAAAGUUCUAGUGAUGGUCUUUUAAGCCACCGAGAGAUAUUUCUGGAGCCUCCAUGAUACAGUCUUAAAUGUCUGUAAGUUCAGGUAAGUUGCACUAUUUGUUCUAGAUAAUUUGUUUUUACGGUUUUAUUGUUUUACAAAGUAAACUUACGAGGUAACCUGUCAUUAAUUUAAUGAAACACAGGGGUUUUUUUUUGUUUUGUUUUGUUUUUUACUGUGAAACUAAUUUCACAUCCACUAUUAUAAAAUGAAGCAAGUGAUAAAAGAAUUUAGAUAGCCACCAAAAUAUAUUAAAAACUAUGUUUCCAGAUUCUUACAGUAUUUAUAUUAUAAUGAUAGUCUUCACCAAAAAUCACAUUUAUUUCAAGUGUUUAGGAAUUAUAGCUGAUCUGCAAGUUUGAAGUAAGUUUUUUAUUUCAUUCUGAGAAGUUUUUAUUUCAUGAAGAAAAUAUCUAGUAUUAAAUAUAUCUUCUUUGCAUUUAGCUGUGUAUACUAACUAGAAAAACCUAAUUUUAACAUUAACUUAAGAAGAUUUAAUUUUAAUAUUUUGGGGAAUGUGAGGGAUGUGAGAAUGACAAAGAUUUUGUUGUUAACCAUUUAUGUGAAUACUACAGAAAUACAGAAAAGGGCACAAAACAUAAAUGUACACCUCAUAUAUUGUUAGAACACAAAUACCCAUGUCAUUCAUAACCAGAUCCAGAGUUGGAAUAUUGCCAGAACCCACGAGCUUCCUUGGGCCUCCCUAGCCAUCAUGACACUCUGUCUGUCAAAAGGUAACUACUGUCUUAACUUUUAAAAAUAUUGUGUAGUUUUGCCUGUUUUUAAAUGUCCUAUGAAUGGGAUUAGAUUCUUUUGUGUCUGCCUGCUUUUGCUGAACGUAUUUAUGUUUCUGACAUUCUUUCAUAUUGUUGCAUGUAGCUGUAAUUCAUUUGUUCUCAUUUCCAUACAAUAUUCUAGCGUAUACUGUACUGUGAUAUUUUUUAUCCAUUCUGUGGUUGAUGGACAUUUGAGUUAGUUUCCAGGUUUUUGGUUUUUACAAAUAAUGCUAAUAUGAAGAUUUUUUGUAGACAUAUAUUGAUUACAUGUGUGUGCAUUUGGUUGGCAUAUACUUCAGAGCAGAGUUGCUGGGUAAUAGAGUCUACUGAUGUAGAGUUUUCCAGAACGAGUGCACCAGUUUACUCUCCAGCAGAAGUAUAUUAGUUCCUGUUGUUCUGCAGCCUCACCAGUACUACCAGUUAGGUGGGUGUGUAGUGUUAUCCCAUGAUUUACUCGCACUCCUUUGAUGACCUAUGAGAGUGAACGCUUUCAUGUUCAUUGGCCAUUGGGAUAUGUUUUGUGAAGUCCCUUUUCACACUUCUUUUCCUAUUUUCCUGUUGGUUGAAUGUCAUUUUCUUGAUUUGUAGGAGUUAUGUGUUCUGGAUACAAUACAAUCCCAGUGUGAGUUAUGCUACAAAUAUUUUCUCCCAGUCUGGCUUGCUUUUUCACUAUAAAUGAUGUCUGUGAACA